CUGAACGAUUGCACUUCAGGAGGGAACAAUCAUACUGCUCCCGUACUCAAUAUGAAACAUUCAACAAGAAUUGCAAAUUGAUGUGUUCGAAAAGUGUGUACUGUACAUUCGUAAUCAGGUGAUUGAUUGGAGAAAAUACUGAUUUAGUUUUGACUUGAAAAAGGCUUUCGGAGCGUCAACGAAUCAGUGAUUUAACCUCAACUCUGUUUGGGGUUAUGAUAGGAAAUAGCAAAAGGUUUUACUAAUUUUAUCAAUUCGAAUUAUCCAAUUAAUUGUAUAUAAAUAAUAUUUGUGGAUUUACAAUGUCGUACUUGACGAGAAAAGAGAUUGAUGAAAUGAAGCCGGAAAUUGAGAAGGCUGUGCAUAAAUUUCUGGGGUUCGCUGAGCCUGCCAUUGUUACCACUGCUGUCAAUUGUAUUGUUUCUGGAUAUGAUAAACGCAAAACUGCAGAUAAAUUAUCAGCGCUGUUGGAGGAUAAGAAGGCAAUGAAACUCACAGACAAAGUAUUCACCAUGUACGAGGAUGUGAAAGCAUUGCAGAAGAGUAAAAAACGGUCUCACACUGAGGACAAGGAGAAAGAUAGAGAUGCGAAGAAAUCGAAAAUCAUGGAUGAACCUGAGAAUGGAAACUCUGGGAGUACCCUUUCACCGGACAAGAUAAAACAAAUGAUGCUGAACGCCCAACGGGAGAUCGAGGAGAGGAAGCGUGCCCUGCGUUCCCUAAAGCAGGACGACCUCUCCCCAGCUCAGCCCCAAGCGAGGCCCCGUGAUAGCCUCCCCCUGGCGAGUUCAAUGUACACCCAGGGUUUGCUCAGCAAAACCGACUCGGACAAAGCUCGAAAAUUGGCAGCCCUGCAGGCCCAGAUAAAGAACAAACUGAGUUCAGGUCUCCUGAACAACGUGAGUGUCCCCGACAAGCCGACUCCCCUGAUCCUCGACGAGUCCGGACGAACAGUGGACAUCACAGGUAAAGAGGUCCAACUGACGCAAGUGGUGCCAACCCUGAAGGCCAACAUUCGCGCGAAGAAGAGAGAGGAAUUCAAAGCUCAAUUGCAGGAGUCAAAAGGGCCUGAGGAGAUCCAAGACACUCACUUUUUCGACACAAGAAUUGGGGUGAAAGCAGCUGGUCGAAGUAAAAGGGCUUUGAAAUUUCACGAGCCAGGAAAAUUUCAACAGCAGGCUGACAGAAUACGAAUGAAGGCGCAACUGGAGAAACUCCAGAACGAGAUAAGUCAGAUAGCGAGAAAGACAGGAAUAAGUUCAGCCACAAAAUUAGCCCUCAUAGCGCCAAAGACAGAAGCCCUCAACGAGGAUGUGCCGAAUGUCGAGUGGUGGGACUCGGUGAUACUGACGAAUGGAUAUCCCAGUGGCGAUGAGCCAGUGCAGAUAAAGACUGCGACGAUCACAAAUCUUGUGGAGCACCCGACGCAGAUAAGACCACCGACUGAUCCACUGAAGCCAGCGUACAUGCCUGUCUUCCUCACGAAGAAGGAGAGGAAGAAGCUGAGGAGGCAGAACCGCAGGGAGGCCUGGAAGGAGGAGCAGGAGAAGAUUCGACUGGGCCUGGAACCUCCGCCCGAACCCAAACUCAGGAUUUCGAAUUUGAUGAGGGUCUUGGGGAACGAGGCUGUGCAGGAUCCCACGAAGAUUGAGGCACAUGUCAGACAGCAGAUGGCUAAGAGGCUCAAGGCUCAUGAGGACGCUAAUGCUGCCAGGAGACUCACUGCUGACCAGAGGAGGGAGAAAAAGGCCAGGAAACUGAAGGAGGAUACCUCCUUGGGGGUUCAUGUCGCUGUUUAUAGAAUACGCGAUUUAUUGAACAACGCAUCGAAGAAGUACAAAGUGGAGACGAACGCCAAGCAGCUCUACCUCACCGGUUGUGUAAUGUUAUUCCGGGAUUGCAACGUUGUUGUCGUCGAAGGUGGUGCGAAACAACUGAUGAAAUAUCACAGAUUGAUGACCGUUCGGAUAAAAUGGGAAGAGGAUAUCGUUAAAGACAAUGAUGGCAAUGACGUUCCCAACAAGUGUGUCCUAGUGUGGCGUGGUACCAGUAAACAGCGGCACUUUGGUGAUAUCAAAUUCAAAGUUUGUCCAAUUGAAAAAAUGGCUCGAGAGCACUUCAAGAAGCACCAAGUGGAGCAUUAUUGGGAUCUCGCGUACAGCGGAGCUGUUCUCGAUGUCACGGAUGAUGUCGGCACAUGAGACUCAUUGUGAAUAUAAAUACCAAUGUGAGGUGUACGGGAUAGGAAUUCGAUUGAUAAUAAAAUUAAUAAGAAUUUU